AUGUAUCGCGUCCACGUCGGGGCGGCAAGAGAACAGCAGCGCAUGACUCAUGCCGCUCGAAAGGCCCCAGUAGACGAGGUGCGAGUCGGUCGGUCGGUCGGUCGGUCAGCCAGCCGGUCGGCCGGCCGGCCGGCUGUCACGUGGGCCAGGUCAGCAUUUAGCGUAUUGGCUGAGCCGGGCCAAAAUGCGGAUUGGAAAAUGUGGACAGGGCAAAUGUGGCGACGAUCGGUGGCUCUGUUGUCGCUGCAGUGGGAUACUUUGAAAAGUGCCCCAGCCUGCGGUGACGGGUGA